AUGGCAGCUUCUCAAAAGCUUUAUCCUGCUGCACUUUUCCAUAUUCUCUUUCUCUCCUUGCUUCCUUUGAAGGCCACAUCAUCAGCAAGAACACAAGCUGAAGCUCUCAUCCAAUGGAAAAACACCUUGAUUCUUUCACCUCCUUCUCUCCGUUCAUGGUCCCGUUCCAACCUCGACAACCUUUGCAACUGGACUGCCAUUUCCUGCAACUCUGCCUCUGGAACAGUGUCUCAAAUAAACCUCCCCAACCUAGAAAUAAAUGGAACACUCGCCCAAUUCAACUUCACCCCAUUUACUGAUCUCACCAGGUUUGACAUCCAGAACAACAGUGUCAGUGGAACGAUACCAUCAACCAUCGGCAGCCUCUCCAAGCUCACUUACUUGGACCUGAGCAUCAACUUUUUCUCUGGCCAGAUACCAGAAUUGGUGUAUACCAAUCUGGGAAAGCUUGAGACCUUCAAUCUCAAUGACAAUUCAUUCCGAGGACCAUUGUCAUCCAACAUUUCGAUGCUUUCCAAUCUCAAAAGCCUGAGUCUAGAAAAUAACCAAUUGGGUGGUCAAAUUCCAUCUGCUUUAGGGCAACUUAAGCAUCUUGAAAAACUUGAUCUCCGUUUGAAUGCCUUAAACUCAACCAUUCCUCCUGAGCUUGGCCUUUGUACUAACCUCACCUACUUGGCCUUGGCUGAUAAUCAGCUAAGUGGGGAAUUGCCUCUGUCUUUGUCCAAUCUAGAUAAAAUAACCGACAUAGGUUUAUCUGAAAAUUCUUUCUCUGGUGAGAUCUCACCUGCCCUUAUAUCCAACUGGACUGCACUGACCUCGUUUCAAGUUCAAAACAAUUUGUUUUUUGGAAACAUUCCUCCAGAAAUUGGGCAAUUGACAAUGCUCCAAAUUCUGUUUCUGCAUAAUAAUACAUUCUCUGGUCCCAUUCCCUCUGAGAUAGGAAACUUGAAAGAAAUGAAAAGUCUAGACCUUUCAAGAAACCAUCUUUCAGGCCCCAUUCCUCCAACAGUGUGGAAUCUCACAAAUCUUCAAAUCCUGAAUCUUUUCUUCAAUAAGGUCAAUGGUACACUUCCACCAGAAGUUGGAAAUAUGACAUCACUGCAAAUUCUUGAUCUUAACACCAACCAACUCCAUGGGGAGUUGCCGGAGACUAUUUCAAAUCUUACUUCUUUAACUUCUAUCAGUCUGUUUGGCAAUAACUUCUCUGGUACUAUUCCAAGUGAUUUUGGGAAGGACAUUCCUUCUCUGGUGUUUGCUAGCUUUUCAAACAAUAGUUUCUCUGGAGAAUUGCCACACGAAUUGUGCAGUGGUCUGAGUCUUCAACAAUUUACUGUCAAUAGCAACAACUUUACAGGGUCAUUGCCAACCUGCUUGAGGAAUUGUUCAGGACUAACUCGAGUUCGGCUUGAAGACAACCAAUUCACUGGAAACAUCACCGAUGCAUUUGGUGUUCUUCCAAACCUUGUUUUUGUUGCUCUUAGUGACAAUCAAUUUAUUGGUGAAAUCUCACCAGAUUGGGGAGAAUAUAAAAACCUCACCAAUUUACAGAUGGGCAGAAACAGAAUUUCUGGUGAAAUCCCUGCUGAGCUUGGGAAGUUGCCCCGGCUGGGAGUUCUAAGUCUGGAUUCCAAUGACCUGACUGGGAGGAUCCCAGCUGAACUGGGAAAUCUAAGCAUGUUAUUCACGCUCAAUUUGAGCAGCAAUCGUUUGACAGGGGAGAUACCUCAGGGUCUAGUCAGUUUGACAAGGCUUGAAUCUCUUGACUUAUCUGAUAACAAGCUGACUGGAAACAUAUCUAAAGAGCUUGGGAGUGGUGAGAAGCUAUCAAGCUUGGACUUGAGCCACAACAAUCUUUCUGGUGAAAUACCUUUCGAGCUGGGAAACUUAAACUCGUUGCGGUACUUGUUGGAUCUGAGCAGAAAUUCACUCUCGGGAACCAUACCUUCAGAUUUGGGAAAGCUUUUGAUGUUGGAGAAUCUCAACGUCUCAAGUAACCAUCUCUCAGGAAGAAUCCCAGGUUCACUGUCCGCUAUGAAUAGCCUGCAUUCUUUUGAUUUCUCAUACAAUGAGUUGACUGGGGCUAUACCAACUGGAACCGUUUUCCAAAAUGCAUCUGCAAGAUCUUUUAUUGGAAAUUCAGGAUUGUGCGGUAAAGCAGAAGGAUUAACACAAUGUCCAACGACAGACAGCAGGCAAGUCCUCGAAGCAUAA